AUGAGUGACAACAAGCAGUCUAACUUCGCCGUCGACUUUUUGAUGGGCGGUGUCUCCGCCGCGGUUGCCAAAACAGUGGCCUCCCCCAUCGAGAGAGUCAAGCUUCUGAUCCAGAACCAGGACGAGAUGAUCAAGCAGGGGUCUCUGGACAGAAGGUAUAACGGUAUUGUCGACUGUUUCAAGAGAACUGCCCAGCAGGAAGGUAUUAUCUCCUUCUGGAGAGGUAACACUGCCAACGUUAUCCGGUACUUCCCCACCCAGGCGCUGAACUUCGCCUUCAAGGAUAAGAUUAAGCUGAUGUUCGGGUUUAAGAAGGAGGAAGGGUACGCUAAGUGGUUUGCCGGUAACUUGGCCUCCGGUGGUGCUGCUGGUGGUCUUUCCCUACUGUUUGUGUACUCUCUAGAUUACGCAAGAACUAGAUUGGCCGCCGACGCGAAGUCCUCCAAGAAGGGCGGCGAGAGACAAUUCAACGGGCUUAUCGACGUCUACAAGAAGACUUUGAAGUCUGACGGUAUUUCCGGUCUGUACAGAGGGUUUAUGCCAUCCGUCGUUGGUAUCGUCGUCUACAGAGGGUUGUACUUCGGUAUGUACGACUCGUUGAAACCAUUGCUGCUAACUGGUUCUCUAGAGGGUUCCUUCUUGGCCUCGUUCUUGCUGGGUUGGGUUGUCACCACCGGUGCAUCCACUUGCUCGUACCCAUUGGACACCAUCAGAAGAAGAAUGAUGAUGACCUCGGGCCAAGCUGUCAAGUACAACGGUGCAUUCGACGCAUUCAGGAAGAUCGUCGCCGCUGAAGGUGUUACCUCCUUGUUCAAGGGCUGUGGUGCCAACAUUCUAAGAGGUGUUGCCGGUGCCGGUGUCAUCUCCAUGUACGACCAACUGCAAAUGAUCCUUUUCGGGAAGAAGUUCAAAUAA